GUGUGGAAUCGACUUCGGCCAAUCAGAUCCGACAAAACUUUUCGUGACCCCUUCUCCGCCGCCAUGUUUGUUAGUGGCAGUGAAGCCCGUGCGGAGGUGCUGGAGGAGCAAGCGGACAUUGGUGGAGUUUCAUACCGGGCCUCGGUGAGUGUAGCCCGGCAGCAGCCAUGGUUCAGACGUGCUCAGCGUACGGCUGUAAGAACCGCUACCAUAAAGACAAAGACAUUUCUUUUCACAAGUUUCCUUUGGCUCGCCCAGAUGUUUGUGGUAAAUGGGUAGCAGCAAUGAGGAGGAACAACUUCAAGCCGACGAAGUACAGCAACAUUUGCUCACAGCACUUCACCAAAGACUGCUUCAAGAGGGAGUGCAACAACCGAGUUUUGAACGAGAACGCCGUGCCGUCGCUCUUCACCUGCAACCUCAGCAUCAAGUCGGAGUCUCUGGAGGAUCCCUUCCCCUCGGAGAUCCACUUCCCUCUCUCCCUGCCUCUGACCUCAGACACAGCAGUGGAGGAGGAAGAGGAGGGGGAGCCUGGGAGAAGCCUGCCUGAGAUCUGGUGUGACACAGUGGCGGUUUCCUGUGACCACAACUACACAGCAGAAGACUCGGCUCGGCAGAAGAAGCGAAUUGACCAGCUGGAGGAGCAGCUGGGGAGUCUGAGGAAGAAGCUGAAGACGACGCAGCAGAGGUGCCGGCGACAGGAGAGACAGUUAAAGAUGCUGAAGGCAGCGUGUGAGACGCCGAGGACCGGCCGCCAGCCGCCUGCAACCUUCGGAGAGGGAUACGUGAUUUUACCCAAACACAUCUACCACACACUCAAAGGCAUCAAGUAACCAUGACCUGAUGAAGAGGAGAUGUGGUCCAAGUGAGAGGCAGAUGAACUGAGUCUGCAGCAUGAGGCUGUUGGAGCCCCGCUGAGCCGGCAGCGCGACCCCGAGUCCAGACACGAAGGGCUCUCUUGUUUGGGAAUAGGAAUGCCGGAUGCGGGAAACUUGGAAUUGGUCGAUACAAUGACUACUGACGGGUUCUUCAUGUGAGGCUGCACGGAAACAAGUCAUCUCAUUUCAAAUGAAGAGGUCAACAGUUAGGGUUUACUGUGCGUUGCAAGGGUUGUCUUAUUAAACAGUUACUCUGACUCUCCAGAGUCUGGCUGGAAGAUUGAGGUUGCUGGGCAAAAUAGAAUUUGAAUAAACUUUGAUUCUCCAAGGAAUAGUCCAACAUGGAACCCCCCUGAAAUCAAAAACUGACACAGGAUUUGUAGGGAUUUAAUAAACAAGAUGAACCUGUCGAUCAGGGAGCGCCAGAGGGGUCAUUUUGAAUUUAUGUCAGUCAAUCUGUUUUCCACAAAUGUAUCCUCGUCCACAACAUCCUAGGCAUCUAUAUUUUGGGAUGCCAUUUUCACAAUGUCACUAUUUGCAAUUCAAGAUAAGAGAGAGAAAUUGUGCGUUAGAGCAUCAUCUUGCACCCUGUCUACCCAGAGUCAUUCAGCCUGUAGUGCUUCCUGUCUUCCAACUACGUCACUGCCCGUCACAUGACUGCUGGAUGCAGGAGGAACGACAGAAUUUGCAGCACCUUUCUCUCUUACUAUAGAACGCACUAAAGAAUGUACUGCCUCAUCGAUGGUAAAUCUACAGUCAACACGGAGUGGACAUCAAUUAAUUGUGCCUCAUCUUAAGAGAAUCCAUCUUUCCACCGGCUGUGAACUUUCACACCAACGUGACAUUUGUAUUUCAGUCUCAGAAAGAAAGCAAACUUUGAAGAUUUAAUUGGCCGCUAAAAAAAAUAUGAUAAGUAAUAAUAAUUUAAAAAAAUAAUAAGAUGGACUUCUGUCUGUGUUUGAUUUCCCUCACAUAAACACAAUACAGAAUCA